AUGGAGGACUGCAACGCCCUCAAGAAAGAAGUGGCCUGGCUGCUUAAGAAAGGCUAUAUGGAGCAUCUCAUGGGAAAGAAAGGCCAGCAAGAGAAUAGAUCCGGUCCCAGCCAACAGCAACCUCGUCCCCCACAUGAGCCUACGCACGAUAAGGUAAUCAAUUCUAUCUCUGGUGGAUCAGAAAUAUGUGGACUAACCUACUCUGCAGCUAAAAGAUUCGCCCGAGAAGGCUCCAAAGCUGUGCCGAAGCAAUACAGAAGUGCAGAGGAGAAGAAGCUCAGAAGCAUGACCAUCAGCUUUGACGAGGAGGAUGGAGAUGAAGAAGCUGACCACCAUGAUGGCCUUGUCGUAUCCCUCACCGUCAGCAACUACCUCAUGAAGAAAGUGUUAAUAGACAAUGGCAGCUCAGCUAAUAUCAUUUUAAAAAGUGCCCUUGAAAGCAUGGGGCUACAGGAAGCUAACAUCCUCAAGAAAGCAACCGUCUUAUUCGGAUUCAAUGGCGAGCCAGCUACAACGCUCGGAGAAAUCAUGCUACCUACCUAUGCAAAAGGAGUCAACUUGCAGACUAAAUUCAAUGUGCUGAAGAAGGAGAGCGGAUCAUCGAAUUCUUGA